AUGGUCGAUAAAAAUCGGGAAAAGACUUCCUUCAUCACUGAGGAAGGGACUUACUGCUAUCGGACAAUGCCAUUUGGGCUAAAAAAUGCUGGGGCUACCUACCAGUGCCUGGUCAACAAGUUAUUCCAAAAUCAGAUCGGCAAGAGUAUGGAGGUGUACGUGGACGAUAUGAUCGUCAAGAGCCGAACUGACCAACGGCUCGUUUCCGACCUGAGGGAGAUCUUGGAUAUCCUGUGGGAGAGCCGGAUGCGGUUGAACCCGAAGAAAUGCACCUUCGGGGUUAGGUCGGGAAGGUUCCUAGGCUUCUUGGUGUCCCGAGAAGAUAUCCGAGCCAACUCGGAUAAGCUCCAGGCCAUCAUAGACAUGGCCCCUCCGAGGAACACUGAGAAAUGCCAAAGAGCCUUCGCCGACCUGAAAGCAUAUCUGGCUGAGCUGCCCACUUUGACCGCCCCGGAGCAAGGAGAAACCCUGUUCCUAUACUUGUGUGCUUGCAGCGAGGCCAUUAGCGCGGUUUUGGUACGGGAGGACAGAGGGAUUCGGAGGCCAAUAUACUACGUCAGCCGUGCUUUGCAAGGGCCGGAAAUACGGUACACACCGGCAGAAAAAUUGGUCUUUGCCCUGGUGCAUGCCUCCCGGAAACUCCGACCUUACUUCCAGACCCACAGCAUUAUUGUCAUGACUGAUCUGCCCUUACGACAGAUACUUACAAAGCCUGAGGUCCUGGCAGACUUCCUUGCUGAGGGAGCCAGUUUGUCCAUGGCUGAGCCGAGCUCUUUGUCCAAGGAGGAACGGGCGGAAGAGCCGUGGGUACUAUUCGUGGAUGGGGCCUUGAGCAAGGAAGGGAGCGGAGCCGACCUACUGCUCACCUCACCCACCAGGGAAGAGCUGACCUACGCGCUCAGAUUUGACUUCCUGGCAUCUAACAAUGAGACGAAAUACGAGACCCUAUUGAUCGGAUUGCGGAUAGCCCACCAGAUGGGUAUAACCGCUAUCAAAACCCGGAGUGACUCCCAACUCGUAGUCCACCAAGUUCGCGGAGAGUACGAGGCCAAGGAGGACAUCAUAAAAAAAUACUUGGCUAGGGUACGGGAGACAAUAAGCCUGUUUGAUGUUUUUGAAAUCGAGCGGGUGCCAAAAUCACAAAACAAGCGCGCGGACGCUCUGUCAAAACUGGCGUCUUCCUCGUUUGCUCACCUGAACAAGGAGGUCUUGGUGGAAGUAGUCAGGCAAAAAAGCAUUGACCAGAUCCAAGUCUUGGCUAUAGACAGCCCGGCCUCUUGGAUGACUCCCCUCGUGGACUUCCUCAGCUCGGGUGUUCUCCCCGAGGACAAAACCGAGGCUCGUCGACUACAGCUCAGGGCUACCAGGUACGCCUACGCUGGGGCACCCUCUACAGGAGGUCGUAUUUGUCCCCCUGGCUAA